AUGUCCGCGCAACAUCCAAACAAUAUCGGGAACUCAGAACUGCUCUACCAGCAAUUACCAUUAGAUGAGCUCCAAAUACGUCUUUUAAGACUAGAGCCGAAGACAGGGUCAACAAAGAUUCAAGCUUCGCUUAUCAAACGCAACUUACUGGACAUUAAAAGAGGGGGUCCCUUUUUCGAGGCUUUAUCAUAUACCUGGGGCCCGCCUACAGUCACCAAGGACAUCCUUAUCAAUGGAAUCGCGUUCCCAGUUACCGCAAAUCUAUAUGCAUUCUUAGAAAACUACCAGGAAGCAGGUCAGGGCGUUGACCUAUGGAUAGAUGCAAUAUGUGUCAAUCAGAGCGACUUAUUGGAGAAAAACCACCAGAUUCCAAUGAUGAACCUAAUCUACGCAGCAGCCAGGGCGCUGAUUAUCUGGCUUGGGGAACCUUCAUCCGACAGCGACCGGGCAAUGGAUUGGAUCAACCAUCUUGGCCAUGCUUCUCCAUAUGACAAGAUGCCCAACAUUCCCAACCAUGCCUGGCAAGCUAUGCAGAGCCUGCUUGAACGCCCUUGGUGGAAGCGCAUCUGGAUAGUGCAAGAGCUCACUGCGGGUGCAAUGGGACUAAAGUUGGACAAGGCCUCGAUUAUCUGCGGCCAUAUCCGCGUUUCGUGGAUGUCCGUAGUAAUUGCGGCUGCUCGUAUAAAAGCUUACCAAGACGAUAGAAGGCAAGCCUUCCCAACUAUUACAGAGAUUUUAGAGCUCGAUAGCUUGCGAGAUAGUGCCGGAUACUAUUUUACGAAAGAGCCAACGUCCAAGCGAGACAAGAUUUAUGCAAUCUGGAACAUGUUUUCAAGAGUACCUUCAAAACGACUACCGACAAGAUAUGAUCAAUCCGUGGAGGACGUAUACGUCGACUUCGCUGCAGAACUGCUAUCCGGUGAGACAGGUUUGGAAGUCCUCCGCCACUGUGUGAAUGGUAGUGCAGACAUACCAUCUUGGGCUCCAGACUGGGCUCGUUUCGGCGAUGAUGAAGCCAGAGAGACACCAGCCGGAUUCCACGUGAAUCCUCUGGUUAGCAGUGCCGAGGAAGAAGUAUUGAGGGAACGUCGGAUAAAACGAUUAGAAAUAGCUGCCAACGGCUCUGCAGUCGUCAAAAGCCUGAAAGACAUACCGGACCAUUUUACAUUCCACAAACAGUGCCCGGAUCAUGUCAAAGAACAGAUUGAAGCAAUGCUGUCUCGCAAUGACUUCAUCCUUGCGAUUGGAGAUGAAAACCCCAAUAUGCCGGAAAACCCCGACGCAAUACAGCAAGGUGAGCUUAUCACUGAGCGCCAGAUGAAGAAAUGGCUUCUACAAGAGCUCCGACACUCUACUGCAAAGCCAUUGUAUGCAACCGCCAUGUCGGUCAAUGCCAGCUUCAAGAUCAACAAGAACGAAAAGUCUUUGCAAAUCAAGGGAGUUUUGUGGGAUGAAGUUGAAGUGUGUCAUGAUAGCUUUGUUGAAGAUAUCGACCAAAAUUUGGCUGAUGCGACCAAUUUCAUAGUUGCAGUGGGUUGUUGCAAACAUCUCGCCGUGUCUAACAAAAGCGCAGCAAACAGGUAUCCUACUGCAGCCGAGUUGUUGGAAGCGUUUUGGUCUACAUUGUUUGUGGGACAAGCAAUCCCAGAUGAAGACGAUGAAACUAAGGAUCAUCCACGCUAUGAAGACUGGCUCCCAGAAAUCCCAAAGUCAUGGGUACCAGGCCAGCCUCCUAUAACAGCUAGAACCACAGGAUUGAUUAGCCUUGCAGAGAUGAAUGAAGUUAUCAAGCGUCCGACUUCUAUUUUCAACAAAGAAAAAGAAAGAGAUGGUGGUUCUAGAUUUGAGCACCGACUUGCUCCUCAGCUAAGGGAGGAGGUAUUUCCACCUCACAAUGACGAAUACGUUGCGCUCUUUGGUCAACUUGCUUCAGCAUGGCACCAACAACCAUACGACUUAUACCAUCGACCAUUUGAUUUGCUAAACGUAAUUCCUGGUCCAUACUGGGAGUCCAGACGCCACAGGGACGAACUCGCCAAGCACCAAGCAAAAAACAGGCGGUCAAGAGGAAUCAAAUCGUAUCCUGAGGCUAUCGAAGAUCCUUCUGAUCAAGACUUCUUGCGUCGGGCGUACGAUGAGGUGGAUGAAACCCUGAAGCAGGAAGUAAGUCUUGUGCCACAGAAUACUCUGCCUGCAGAUAUCGAAAAGUAUGCUCUGGGACGAAAAUUCUUCAUCACUAAGAAGGGCUACUUUGGCUUAGGUCCCCAUAAAUCAGAGCUUGGAGAUAGGGUAGCUGUGCUCUUUGGCUCCGGUGUACCUUUUGUGCUUCGGAAGUGUGUAUCUGCUACGGGAAAGCGGGCUUGGAAGAUUGUGGGCGAGUGUUAUGUGCACGGGAUAAUGCAGGGUGAGGUUAUUCAGAAGUGGAAUCUUGGCUCGGCUGAGGCACAGAUGCUUCUUUUGUUAUGA